AUGUGGGAGAGGCAUGGCGAAGUUCCACCUGAGCGCUGGGACACCAUCCUUACCUUUGCCAGAGAGAAACUGCCGCGACAACAGUUGCAUUGGCCAGCCAUCGGUCGUGAAGCCCUGUCUGCUAGCAUAGCCCAUAAGCAUAAGCAUACCACUGGAGGCCUCGAUGGAGUUUCACUCCAGGACCUGAAAGCAAUGCCGCCUGCAGCGCUUGACAAUUUCCUAGCCAUGUUUCACCACGCAGAAAGCACUGGGUCAUGGCCACCACAAUUGGUUGCAGGUAGGGUAACGUGCUUGGCUAAAACUGCUAACCCCCUGGGGGCCCUGGACUUUCGACCCAUUACGGUGUUUGGCUUAUUGUAUCGUUGCUGGGGUACCUACCAAGCACGACAAGCAAUCCGAAUGCUUGACUCCGUCCUCCCGGUGAUGGACCUCUUGUUGGACCAAAAGAAGACACAUGUCUGGUCCAUUAGUGCUGCAGGUCGCAAGCAGAUCCGUGCACAAGGAUUUGGAACGGUUGCUUUUGGUAAGAGUUUGGGCGCUCACAUCCAGUUCACCCGGCAGCACACCAAUAGUGCAAUGAAAGGGCUUCGUGCCGAUGGUGCAGGGGCCAACCCGCUGGUCCACUUAGGCUUAGUCGAAGUACCCAGUGUUGAUCCCCUGUGUUGGCCAGUCAUGCAGACCCUGCGCUUAGCCAGAGAUUGCGGUGCUCGUUCCAGAGUUGAAGGUUUGCUCGCCACGUUGGCCAAUGGAACGAGAACCUCACAUCGUUCAUGCUUCAACGGGUUAGAUGCGACCGACCCGGGUGACACCCGAAAAUGGUUGACUACCCUGGAUCGGUCCGAUCAGGUUCCUGAUGACGUCCGUAGUGCCAGUGUUGAUUUGCCUGAGGCCUUGACAGUUUCGGGAUGGUCUUUAAUGCCGACGACCAUGGUGGAAUGGAACCAAUAUUUUGCGGGGCUUUCGCACAGCGGUCCCCUGAUGUUUCACCACGAUGGGGAUGUGGACCUUUUCACUGAUGGCAGUUGCCAGAACCAGCAUUGCCACAAGUCGCGUUUUGCAGGAUGGGCCAUUGUUUUCGCCUCCACCUCUGCUGUGCAUGACUACACCGGUAGUCAGGUCAUUGAUGCAGGAGUUUUGCCUGGAAUUCUCCAGAGUGCCGUACGUGCAGAAAUUUUUGCGGUCCUUCAAGCACUCAAGCUCACGGUACGCCAUAAGGGUACUGUACGGCUGUGGUCAGACUGUGACAGUGUGGUGCGUAGGGUGACGAAACUGUUGCAGGGGGCCCUGGACGCCGUUGCCGCCUUUGCAUAUUCCUGGGGGGACAGCAGAGAAGUCUUCCGGACCUACGUGGGUCACCGCCUGGUGCAGGUACGUGCGGAUGUGAAUCUGCUGCUGAGUGAUCAGCUCGAACAUGUCUUUCUGGACUUGGUUAGCCACUUGGUGACGAAGAACAAAAGCGGGGCUGCUUGUUUUUAG